UUUGAGUUAAAUUAAUUAUUGAACAAUAUUCAUAAAACUUUUGGGGUGAGUAAAGAAAUAAGAUGGAUUGAAAAAAGGCCACGUGGUUGUCACAAUGCUUUUCAAAAAUCUUAUCCAAGCAUAAGUCUCCUUGGUACCUCUCCUCUCCAAUGGAUCAUCCGUCUCUAACAAUGACCAAACUCCGAAAUUAUAAGAAGUAAAGACAACCAUGGCGAGUGCUACCUUCUCCUUCUGUCCCCUCUCUCAAUCCCAUCCCCAUUCUUCUCUAAUCAAACCGACACCGUUUCUCAGAUAUGGCAAGAAACUACACCAUCUUCACCACCACAUCUUCAUCACCAUCUCUUACCCAUCUCACCAUUCUCGCUACUUGGCCGUUUCAAGAGACGAUGCCGCGACGCCUCUUUCUUCUUCCGACCAAACCCAAGAGACAGAGACCAAAGAAGUGGAAGACACUAUAGAGAAACGAAGAAUGGAGGAGAAGUUUGCUGUUCUAAACACUGGAAUCUAUGAGUGUAGAUCAUGUGGUUACAAGUACGAUGAAUCAGCGGGUGACCCAUCGUACCCGAUUCCACCGGGUUUUCAGUUUGAUAAGUUGCCUGAAGAUUGGAGAUGUCCUACUUGUGGAGCUGCUCAGAGUUUCUUUGAGAGUAAAAUGGUUGAGAUUGCUGGUUUUGCUCAGAAUCAGCAAUAUGGACUUGGUGGUAAUGCUCUUACCUCUGGUCAGAAGACUGGUUUAAUCUUUGGCUCUCUUUUACUCUUCUUUGCGCUUUUUUUGAGUGGCUAUUUCAUUCAAUGAUUAAAUAUUUUCUCACUAUUACUAUGUUAAAUCAUGUUACCACCAAUUUUAUAAUGUUUCAAUACACCAUUCUUCUCCAUCAAUUUGUACUACCACUUGCAAGCCUGGUCUGAAAAACCUUAAAUCUAAC